AUGGAUGAUGGCAUGGGACCGUACGAUAGGGGCGGCUUGAUACCGGAGGCGGCCGCGACCACCUCCGGCGCCCGAAGCAACGACCCCGCGAAGCGAUACGGCUCCUGCUACGAGGGCGGAACAAACGCCCGCUGCGACACGUGCAAGAUGGUGAAGAUCGCGUGCAACUGCCAGAGCUGUCACUGCUGCCACCGCUUCCUCAUGUCACCGUCGAGCAUCCAUCACUGCCGGCUAUGCUGGCGUGCCACGUGUGCCGAGUGCAGUAACUACAUGCGUAUGAACGACUUCAUGGGUGGCCGGAUAACUCGUACCUGCCUCACGUGUGCCGUGCCCAAGGCAUUGGUCUUCAUAACGCAGAUGCGGUACAGCGUGUACGACUCGGCAGGCGUCUCUAGCAGGACAGCGAGGGGCGGGUCUGACCGGACAGCGAGGGGCGGGUCUGACCGGACAGCGAGGGGCGGGUCUGACCGGACAGCGAGGGGUGGGUCUGACAGGAACGGCGAUGCAGACGGAAGAAAAUGGGGUGGAGUCUUGCCAACUGUGAUGGAGCCGAACUCUUUUCGCUGGGGCCUGUACGUGCUCGGGUGCGAGAUGGAGGCCCCGCGGCGCUGCAUCAACCCACUCUGCUCCAGCCCAUUCGCCUACCUCGAAACCUGCAUCAAGUGCAAAUCCCCGACCGUCACCAUAUCGUUUCAUGAGCAGCGCCACGUUUCGCUAAUGAACACGUCGAAAAAGGCUGCGAAGCUCAUCGACGGUGGCAGCUUGCCAUCUGGGUCGAUAGAAGUGCUGGAGGAUUUGGUGCGCGACAAGUACGAAGCCCUCGUGGAUAGUCGCUCUGCUGACGAGGUGGAUGAGAUCUUUGCUUGUGCGAUGCCGUUGCAGUUGGAGAAGCGUCUGUUUACCAGCAUGGCUGGGAACGUCGGGGCCGCGCGAAAGGUGCUACUCGCCCUGGUGGCGUGCAGCAUCGCCGGGGAGGCGCUGGCGGCGCCGGUCAUCUCGCUGGCCAUGACAGACUUCCCCGUGUACGCGCGAGUGAUGCGACCGCUUCAAGUAACGGAGCUCUUCACUGUGUUUAGCGGACCAGGAAAUCUUCGCCUCGUCGCCUUCAGCUCCGGCGCGAGCCGACCGCCUAGCGUGCAUCAGGUGCUAAGCACGCGCUUGGUGUCUCGGGAGCUGUGGACCAGUGAGGCGAUGCAACAGAACGAGGUGCUUGGCAAGAUUGUGUCGAACAAGGAUGAGGCGCACCAGGCAGGGCUGAAGACGAAUUUGGCGACGUGGAACGUGCGGGAGGGCCUCCUCGGCUACAUAAGCGAUGAUAACAUAAUGCACCGUGUGCUGAGCCUCGUGCUGCGGAUGGUGAAAAACGGCGAGGAGGUGGUGCUUUGCGGCCACGGUAUCGGGGGCGCCGUCGCCUCCUGGCUGACGACGUGCAUGUUGCUGGAGAACACGUCACAGAUGCGUGAUCGGCUGUUGUGCGUGACGUUCGGCGCGCCGCUCAUCGCCAACCAAUCCCUGUCGAAUUUCCUCACGAAGCACGGCCUCGCCAAGAGUUACCAGAACUUUGUGAACGGCAGCGACAUGGUGCCGCGGCUGGGCUACGUGGACUCAUUGCUGUCCUCUGGAAACGCGGCCAGCUGUGCCUCGAUUUUGGGGCAGGACGGCCCGAUGCACUCCGUGCGGAAGGUACGGGAUUGUGUCGUUCUCUGGACCGCUUCGCAUGAGGAGCCUCGUGGCACUGGGUCCACGAGGAAUGCCGAUGAUGGCGGCGAUGGCAACUUGUCUGCCUUGGACAUUGGGCGCAGCGCACGCUAUUACUCUGUGGAUAUGGCGAAUGGGCCUCAGACCGCGCGCAAGAAAGACUCGAAGCGCCCGCCGUCACCAGUCGACCCGGUCAUUUGCGUCAACGAGACCGAACAUGGCGACCUCUUCCAGCCAAGCCGCGAGCCUUUCGACAACAACGCCGUCCGCGUAUACGAGGGAGAACAGAUCGAAAAAGGCAUUUCCGUGGAAGGUGAUCUCGCCAUGUGCGACAUCGACUUUAAGCGCUACUCGACAACCGAACACCGUGACAAGCAAGCGCUGGACCCGCUUGGCUUCUACCACUUUCUCUGGCAACCACGCGGCAAGUACAUAUGCACGGAUGAUCCGUCGGCCGUCAUCGGCCUGCUGUCGGACCGGACGAACUUGCGCGUUGUGCUGCGCGAUCACUUGAUGAGUGCGUACCACAAGGGCAUUAUUGAGUACGUCUACUCUGCGCCCCCGUAG